AUGUCAAAGAACUUUCCAGGAUUUGUAAUAUUGCCUGCCUUAAUAGUUUCACCAGUGUUAAAGAAUAAACAAAAUGGGGACAAAAGCAUAAAUAUAAAUGAAAAAUUGAUUGUGGUAAAUGUUACGGAAUUAACAUUAAACAAUAAUACCCAAGAAGAUGAUCGUGAUUUCGACGCUAAUUUCAGAGAGGCGCUAGACAGAGGAAAUAGUAUAAAAAAACAUUUGAAACAAAUUAAAUUAAACGAGACGUUUAGCAUAAUAGCAGAUGUGAAUAACAAUGGGACUUCUGAGAAAGAAGAAGUCACCACGCUAGAGACCACUUCGGAUCCAAAUAUUACUGGAAACAUGACAACAGAACUCUACACAACUACAGAAAUUCAAGGGUUUUAUUCUAAUUCACGGUAUAAUAAUACUGAUAUAAAUUCAUUGGCGAUUACAGUAAAAAGUCCAGAUUCCUCACUACAACCCCCUUUAACUAAAGAGGAAUGGUUUUUUUUUGCAAUGAAUACAAACAUUAGUAUUGCAAAAGACAAUAAAACAGAACCCAAUUUAUUAAACAUUACUGGUUUUCCAUCAGAAAAUAAGCCUAACAGUCAAACCAAAGGUGUCUAUAAAGCCGCCUUAUAUAACAAUGCUGAGAUUGAUCAGUUAUCAAUUACGACAAAUUUUUAUACAAAUGAAUUGGCUCUGCCGCCGCCACAAGAUGAUAGAUGGAGUAAUUUCUCUUCAUUGAAGAAAAGGUUACCACCGUUAACUGAAUUCAAACCAUUAGCAGGUUUGUAUUAUGAUGGAUUUUUGCACAAACCUGUAAUCAAAUCUCCCGGCUUUGUGCCGUAUAAUCAGUUUUAUUUUUAUUAA